CGCGGGCCCACACUUCCGGGUGAUCUUUCGCUGCACCAUAUAAAAGGACAAGCUUUCUUGAUCACUUAUCCUGGUCCCAGUGUCUUGUUCUCGCUCUUUGACGACGACCUCUUACUGCACCUUCAUUGAAUUUGAUCUCUCAAGUCCUUACUUGAGCGGGCGUCCGCCAUGCGUUUCACUUCAUCUUUAAUACUACUUGGCACCUUUUCUGCUGUUCGAUUCGCUGUCGCGGACUUCACCUACUCUAAUCUCGUAUGCGACGUAGAGGGUGGAGGUUUCUACAAUUCAAGUCUCAUCAUGCCCAGUAAAGUCUCUACGUGCAACAACGCGUGGGACUACUCAUAUAACCAGACGAUAUCGAACGCAGAGCCUAAUCCAACUGCGUCGAUUUGCGGGGGGAAAGUUGUGAUCCAUAAGAAAUCGCUGACGUGGUCAAGCGGCCGCGAUCAUGGGAAAUGCCAUAAAGCCGGGAAGAAAAGUAAAGGGAAGGAAUGCAAUCCGAAGGGUGUUGCCAUUUGUACAUGGACGGAGGAGAUCGAGUGCAGUUCGAAACUUUGCAAAUGAUAAAGACGAGUUGUUAUGGGUCAUGAUUGUUCAUCAGGACUGCUAUUCGAUUGUCUUGAUCGUCUUUUAUGGAGUCU